AUGGACCGUGAGAAUCAAGCACUAGAACCAAGAAAAAGUAGUUCUUUCGGGCGAUUGAGCCGUGAAAGUUUUUCUUCUAGAGGGCAUUCUCUACAAAUAAACGAGACCUUUGAUGAGAAUGAGUCCGUUUCGGAAGCAGGGGACAUUGGGGACCGAGCUCUCCACAGUAACCGAAUCAGUUCAGGCCAUUACAACAGUUUCUCGUUGGACAGCUUCGCGAAUAACGAGGUUGUUCCAUCUCAAGGGAAUAAGGAUGAAUUGAAAGAAGUGCAUUGGUUAUUGGAGUAUGUUACAUGUCUCCUUUCACUUGCUGUGUUCGGAAUUUUAGGGGUUCUAGCUCGAUAUUGCCUUCAGAAGCUCUUUGGACCCGAUUUAGUUGGUGCAACAAGUGAUCAUAGUUACAUGUACCUCGAUCUUCCUUCAAAUAUGGUUGGUUCUUUUCUGAUGGGUUGGUUAGGUGUUGUUUUUAAACCGGACAUUUCGCAAAUUUCGGACCAAUUAGCUAUUGGGCUGACAACAGGAUUUCUAGGGAGCCUAACAACAUUCAGUGCUUGGAAUCAAAAGAUGCUUGACCUCAGCCUCGAGGGCCGGUGGGUAUUUUCCGUGCUCGGCAUUUUAUUAGGAUUGUUUCUAGUCGCGUAUUCUAUAAUUUUCGGGAUCGAGACUGCAAAAGGAUUCAAAUGGCUUCUAACAAAAUCGGAUAUGAGAUCACUUUACGGCACUAAAACGUGCCACGGUUCAUAUAUUUCGAAUGGCACAUUCAUGGUGAUGCUUUUGGUGAUGUUAGUUCUGUUAUGGGGUUUGUUCGGAAGCUUAGCAGGGAAAGAGUUCAAAUCGGGUGGUAGUGGGCCCGAGCUGUUUCUGGCUUGCACGGUUGGGCCUUUUGGCGUGUGGGCCAGGUGGUUCUUGGCCCGUUUUAACGGGCGUGGAUUGGGUAAACAAGGCGUGGUAAAAUGGAUGCCGUUCGGGACUCUUGCUGCAAAUGUCCUUGCAGCUUGUGUGAUGGCAGCUUUAGCAACACUCAAGAAAGCAGUUAACACUAAGAAUUGUGAUACGGUGGCCUCGGGUAUCCAGUUCGGGCUGCUCGGCUGUCUGAACACGCCGCAGAGGCGUGCGCAUGCAGGCGCAACACAGCGGAGCAGCGAGCACAGGCACGCGCGCAGGCUCCGAGGCACGAACACCGCCGACACGCCGAGCACGACGAACGCACAAUGUUGA